ACUGUAGUACGCAGCCCCCUUUGAACCUUUGACCCGGAAAUCAUUCAAGCUCAAAUCUGUGGUCAAGAUUCUGCUGGACAAAAACAUUCCGAGCAUCUGGGAAGAGUGCGGCUAUUUGACACAGUCACUGCAUGUUUUUAAAGCUUGUGAGACCAAAUUAAGUAAACUGUGUGUCAAGACCAAAGCUCGUAUUUUCAUACGUGAAAUCAUGCAGCCGCUUCUAUACUUGCAUCAAGUGACCGUUGAUGAUUUGCUUUCUUGGGUGGCAUUGAUGGUCUGCUCAUCAAAGAGCACUGGUGUCAAUGUAAGCGACAGCCUCACAUAGCGACUUGAAUCAGGAAGCAACGAAAAAGUCAAGCUGGUUUCAGAAUUGCAAGCAAAAGAUUCCUUCAAAAGGGGAAAAUCUUGGCAGAACGUCAUUGCGAGAGUCAGCAUUGCGCAUAUCACUUUGUUAGAGCAGAAAGAGAAGAGGAGCAUACAGCAGAUCCUAAGACACACGCAGAUCCAAUAAAGGCACGCUCUAACGCGGCGACCCAACCGUUGGACAAUGCUGGCGUCUGCUUAAGACUCUGCUUUUAGCAUCACGUUUCUUCUUCAGCAGAGUUCAAUCCAGGCGUCUGUGCUUUCCUGCACAACAACCUUCUCUGCACAGUUCGCCAUCUUCUGUUAAGAUCUGUUUUCACGCAGGCUUUCUGGGACAGGAGGCUCUGAGGCUUUUCUCCACAGAUCGCCCGGUGCGGGCGGCGCCUCACUCUAGUUCUGCUCAUGGCGAUCCUGAUGGCUGAGGAACCGGAGGCGCAGUCUGCGGUGCCUCCGGAGGCCAAUGGCUGUGUCAAGCCUGACGUCACUAAGGGUGUCAGCGGGAGCAAGGUGGUCUCAUUUGGCAUGGCUGCCCCCGUGGAGUCUCUGAUGGAGAAGAACCUUAAGAAGGGCAAGGCACUGUCCCUGGCUGAGAAGGAAGCCAAGAGCUUCGCCAGCCUGAAUGAAGUGCUCUAUGAUCUGUCUCUGCCGCCGCUGAUUGACAACACGGCGAGGCCGAAGAGUGUUCCCAAGGAUACUGUGACGGUGGUUAUGCUGACCGAGCCGGAGAACCGGGUUUCGGUGUGCAUGGAGGGGGCCAAGCAAAGCAGGGGCAACGUCCUGAUGGUGAUCAACCCCGCCUGGCUGGAGAAGCGCCCCAUCGUGACGUCAGACGUUAACGUCACCCCUCCAGCUGGCGCCACACACUCGCUGUUCGUGCACAAGGCCGUGUGGUUCGAUACCAACGGGCAGGCGUACCUGGACCGGUACGAACCCCCGAGGAAGGUCACGUACCUCGCCAACUUCUUCACGCUGCCUGGCUCGGAGGGCGACCGCGACGACGGCGUGCCGCUCGAGGCCGGCCUGGACUGCCCCAUGAGCUCCUCGUCGGCCCUCGAAAAGAUCACUAACGACAAGCUGCACACGCGCCUGCUCCUCUCGCGCGCGCGCGUGGCGCACCCCCAGUGCGUCGCCUUCACCUUCAAGUGCCCCAUGGUCUACAACACCUCCGGCUGCACCGGCACAUACGCCGUCCACUCCCUGUCCGACCGCGCCGGCUACGAGGACCUCUUCCGGCGUGAGGCGGAGCGGUUAUGCGCGCGGUUAGCGCGUGACCAGGUGGUGGUUAAGCCGAGCGGGCCCAUGUGGAUGGGCAGCAACGGGGUGUCGUUUUGGAGCCGGAAAGACGUCGACGGAAUCGUGGGCGCCGCGACGGCGCUGCUCCAGCGGCUGUGGGACGGCGACGCGAUUUUGCUGGAGGAGUUCCUGCCGACGCUCGGCCCGCACGACAUCAAGCACGGCAGCGACGUGAUGUCACCCACACACGCGGCGCUGGAGGUCGGGGCGGUCGCCGGGAACCCGUUCGCGGAGAACAUUGUGCCGCGCUUCGACGACUCGGACCUCUCGGAGGGCGACGACGAGGCGGAGCAGGAAGAGGCGCUCAAGAACUGGAAGGUCGCCCCGCAGGCCAUUGCCGGCAUCAAGCAGGCCAAGAAGCUGGGUUUCCGGCUGCGCGUCAUGGUGGCUCGUGCCCCCUGGGGCGAGCCGGUGGUGACGAAGAUGGUGGCGGGCAUCGGACGGCUGAGCGCGCCCAUCAACGGCUCAAACACGAUCCCGAUCAGCUUCGACGCCGUGCUGGAGCAGUGGGGGAUCGUGACGGUGGAAGGGAAGCGGAAGGUCACGGAUACGAUAUCGAACGAGGCGGGCCGGGUUAUGAAGGCAAUCAUGGACUACGAGGCUGGGAUGCCGAUCGAGGAGCGCGGCGGCGCCAACUGCCAGACGGACCUCAUCGGAAUCGACUUCAUCGUUACGCCUACCGGAACCGGAAUCAUGCCGUACGUCAUUGAGGUGAACGACCACGACUGCAGCCUGCAGGCGCAGCAGCUGGAGUGCCUGCUGCCGGAGACGCGCUUCGAGAGCGUGCGCUGGUGGGUCGCCACCAUGAUCUCCCGGUCCGAGACGUACCUGCUGGGCGGCCGGCGCAUUUUAGUGGUCGGGGCAGGGGGGUGGAGCAAGCGGUGGGUUUGGGAGGGGUCCCGCAAGCUGGGCGUGCAGGUGGUGCUGGUGGAGGAGUUCGACACGCACUUCGCGCGCGACCUUGCUGACGUCUUCAUCGCCUUCCCGGGGCUCAGCGACCACACGCGCGACGAGGAGCACGCGCGCAGAAUCGUGGGCGCGCUCAAGGAGCGGCAAAUCACCGUCGAGGGGUGCCUGACCUUCUGGGAGGACUGCGGCCCGCUGGCGAGCCUGGUGACCAAUCUCUUGGGGACACGUGGCAACAGCUUCUUGGCGCAGAGCCUGGCCAAGUCCAAGUUCCGGACGCAGGACACGCUCAUGAAGGACAACCGGGAGUACCAGCACAAGCCCACCACGUCGUUCUUCGCGUCGAAAGCGUACAGAUUACAAUCCGAGGCAGAUCUAGAGCGCGCGUGGGAGGACCUGGGGGGCAUGCCGGCUGUGCUGAAGCUCGAGUACGGCUCUUCUGCGUGCGGCGUCGUUUUGGUGGCCACGAAAGAGGACGCGCUCGCAAAGUUCCGGCAGAUCCGGUCGGAGCUCAGCAGCGAAGGGGAUCACGGCGGCGUCGGGCUGGGCUUCGGGUCGUCUCUCGUGUUGAUGGAGUUCAUCGAGGGCAGCGAGCAUGACGUGGACAUCGUCAUGUAUGACGGCCAGACUGUGGCCGCUUUCGUCACCGACAAUGGGCCCACCCGCAUGCCCUACUUCAGUGAAACCGCUGCCGCCAUGCCCAGCCGGCUGCAUCGGGACAAGCAGAUGGUAAUGGUUGCCGCGGCCGCGCAGUGCUGCGCGUGUCUGGGUCUGCAGAACGGCGUCUUCAACGUCGAGUUCAAAAUGACGGGCAUGGGGCCCAAGCUCAUCGAGAUCAACGGCCGCCAGGGGGGCUUCUAUAUCCAGGACUGGAUUGAGCGGGUUUGGGGCGUUAACCUGCUGAAAGCGAACAUUCUCGUCGCACUCGGCGUGCGGCCGUCCGUCUUCCCGGCGCCCAAACCGCGGACCCACAUUGUCGGCCGGAUGAUCUACAGCUCCGUGUGCUCGAACGCCCUCAAGACGACGUGCACCGUCGAACGCCUGCACGAGCUGCACAACCAGGGCGUCAUCGUUCUGAACCAGUUCGAGCCGACGGUUCCGGAGGUCGAAGAGUUCGAAGAACCAUUCGCGAGCGUGGGAAUAAAGAGCGCGAGCAAGGCGGGCGCAAAGCAGCAGCUUCAGGCGCUCUGGAGCAUUUUGGGUUUGGAGGAUAAGGACCCCAAACCCUGCGGCUGGUAUCUGAAAAACCUGUAAACCCUGGGCGCGGAACGGCGGCCGCGACGGCGGCCGCGUGUACGAGAGGCGGAAGAAUUCAAAGAAUUGAAAUGGGGUUCGCGUGAAGAAAAAGAAGCGGGUUAAAGGAAGUACUUGGAAAGUUUCGAAGUUUUUGAGAAGCCCAAAACAAAUAACUGAUCAGGAGAGGCACGCGUAGGCUUAAGAUGAAAUGCAGAGAGGUAGGACUGCGACUAUGGAGACGGAACUAGAGACGCGUUGUACAGCUAGCAGAAUCGAAAUGAUGAGCGCACUUCUGUACAGCACAGUUGAGAGGGAUCACCGUAGACAGAUCCGCAUCAGCCGCUACCGUUCUUUAUUUUGGUGGGAUCGCAGCCCAGGCGUGGGCUUCUAGCGCGCUCUUGAAAGAUGAGCAGACGUCAGAAUAGACAAUCUCGUCACUAUAUGCGCUUAGUUGGCAUAAGAGAAGCUGCCUUGAACAGACUCAAUUUUUUUGACCUCACUCAAGCAGAACAGUCAUUCGACUUUGUUUCUUUCGGAAAUCUAAAC